CGCGAGCGGGCUGAUUCACUCAGUUUGCGCACGCCGAGCGCGGAGAGGAGCCGAGGGCAUGAGUCAGCGUGUGCGCACUGAGCGGCUGUGCGUCCGUGCUGCGCUCGCGUAUUUGCGUGUCGGCGGAACCGGAGCUCCGUGGACGAGUUAAAGCGGCCGCAGCGGCCGGCGCGCCUUGAACCGGACCGCGGGACCGCGCUGUGCACCUGAGGCGCACGAGGACGUCGUUUGCAUGAAACCGUGGCCAGAUCAAAGCAGUGGACGCAGCCACGCUCCAUUCAAAGGCCUCCGCUGGAAGACGAGCGGAGCUCCUGAAGAGGAGCAGCCGAAGCCCAGCGCCGCCUCCGGGCUCCGCCUCAAACGCGCCAUGUCUCUCGGCACCUUCCACCUCAUGCAGACGCUGAAGAACUCGCCGGCGGCGCUGCGCCGCCGCUUCCGCCGCGACCGCACCGAGUCCCUGUCCCACGGCGACCCCCUCUUCAAGGUCCACUACCUGGGCACGGAGAAGAUCUUCUCGCUGGACCGGGAGCAGGCGCAGGACGCCAUCGGCCGCCUGCUGGACGGCGUGGCCGGCGGCAGGAAGCUGAGCAAGGACCACGCCCUGGUGGUGCGGCCGCGCUACGUGGAGGUGAAGGAGCUGAGCACCGGGCGCCAGCUCACCAAGACCUACCUGCAGGACAUCGCGUACUGCGCCGCCGACGCCAGCCGGCCCAACGUCUUCCUCUACAUCUGCAAGCACCACGGGCAGCAGCUGCAGUGCCGCGUGUUCUGGUGCAGCCGGGCGGAGCGGGCGCGGGACAUGACGGCGUGCCUGGCGCGCUCCUUCCAGCGGGCGCUGAGCGACUGGCAGCAGGGCGGCGCGGCGCCCGCGGGCGCCCCCAGGCGCGCGGACGAGGCGCCCGGCUCCGCCGCCGCCGCCAAGAGCUGCACGCUGCCGGCUAGCCUCGGAAAAGUGCGCUGGAAGAAGAGGGGCUCGGUGUCUCGCAGCCCCCUCAGGGCCAUCACCAGGAGAGGAUCGGCCUCCGGCGGCUGGAACUGAGCCCCGGCGUCCUCAACGGGGGGGGGAACGAGGGAUGGAACCGGGUGGUGGAUGGACCCAUACAUGGACACUGUGAGGACGCUGGCGUAAUCUGUGCGAGCCCCGACUCGAAGGUUUAUGACGGCAGAGUCUGAGCGAGCUCCGCCCGCUCAGGCAUCAACAGGCCGUGACUGUCGCUGAGUCACAGGAGGAAGUGACCUCACUUGUUGGGUUCUUUUUGAUGAUGAACCCGCUGAGGAGCUCGUUCUGCUGUGAAGACGCGAGUCGGCAGUGAUGCAGCCAGAACCGGAUCGACAGGAGCCGGUGGUUCAACACGUUCCCGUCUUUAUUUUGCUACAGACAAAAGAGUCGCCGACCUGUCCUCCACGUUCAACCCGUCCACUUUGACCCUGAUAAAUCAGUCUACACUCGUCGUUUGCAUCUGGAAAGCUUUUCCAAUAAAGCCGACGAGGUCGUCCGACGCUCUGCAAACAAACGCUGCUCUGAUGACUUGCUUGCUUGUGUGUGGCACAAACGCUGAGGUGUGACCCGCGGGUUUGUUGGGUUCGAACACUGGGACCUCUGUGUUCCUGUGUGGGGCACCUGCAUUCCAAAGGGGGGUCUGAGACCCAGAGACUUCUUGAAAGCCCGUGACUUGGCUCAUUUCUCCCCAGUCGGCGCCACCGUGUGCCAUAAAGGGGCCCGACUGCUUCGGAGCGUUGAAAGCGAAAGUUGUCGGCGUGUUGUUGCGUGAACCGUCGCACAACUCGCGCCCACCGCGGCGCUUUGUGUCCAAAGUUUACAAUGAAGGGACUCUGGACCCUGAGGCUGCCGUGCACCCGGCCUCUCGCUCAUGACCAAAACUAAGCUAGGGGAAGGUGGCGGCGUUUUGGUGCCACUCGUGUUUUUUUUUAUCAGUUUUAACGUUUUAUAUUCUGACGUAUCUUUUAACAAACGGCACGGCCCUCACCUCUGCAGGGGUGGAAGUGCCCGCUUUAAGCUUUAUUUUGUCUGUUGUACAUAUUUAAUUAAAUAUUAAAGCUUUUUAUAUAACA